UCCAUGCCACAAAGUAACCCCACUCAAAAUCAUAAUGAAGCUCCUUCUUCAACUUUCUAUCUCCUUCGCUAUUCUCUUCAUCUCUCUCCCAUCCUCUCACAGCUGCAACUCAAUCGAGAAAAAUGCCCUCCUUCAAAUCAAGAAAUCUUUUAACAACCCACGAGAACUCUCCACGUGGAAUCCUCGAACCGACUGUUGUACUGACUGGAACGGCGUCUUUUGCACUAAUGGCCGCGUCACAGAACUCGAUAUCUUAUCCGGCAAUCUCCCAGGUCAGAUCCCGGACCAAAUCGGCGACCUCGUCCAACUCCGUCACCUCGAAAUCACUGACAUGCCACGUCUCAGCGGAAACAUACCACGUACCAUCACCAAACUCAAGAACCUUGACUUACUCAUGUUUAGGCAGACCAAUCUCUCCGGUCUAAUUCCUGAUUACAUCAGCGAGCUCAAAAGCGUAACGUUCUUGGACCUUGCCUUUAACCAGUUUACCGGUCCUAUUCCUGGUUCGAUUUCUCAGAUGCCCAAGCUUGAGACGCUUAGAAUCAACGACAAUAAGCUAACCGGUUCCGUACCGGACUCUUUCGGUUACUUUGUUGGCAACCUCACUGUUCUCAACUUGCAAAACAAUAAGCUUUCAGGGAAAAUACCAGAAUCCUUGUCGAAGCACGACUUCAUAGAUGUAAAUCUGUCGGGAAACAGAUUUAUAGGAGAUGGUUCGAUGUUUUUCGGACGGAACAAAAGAACAGAAUUAGUGGAUCUAUCUAGAAAUAAAUUUGAAUUCGAUCUGUCCAAGGUUAAGUUCGCUAAGAGCGUAGCUUUCUUGCAUCUGAGCCAAAACAGAAUCUUCGGGAAGCUUCCUGGGGAGCUGACCAAGCUACCUCUCGAUCAAUUCAACGUUAGUUACAAUCGUCUCUGCGGAAAGAUCCCGCGUGGUGGGUUCCUUCAGACCUUUGAACCAUCAGCUUACUCUCACAACCUCUGUCUUUGUGGAGAUCCUCUUAAGCCUUGUUAAAUGGUAUGAAAACAAAUAAUUAUGUCUUAUCUGUAUGAUGAUGAUGAGGUGUUAAUUAUGACCGCCUAUCAAAUGAAUUGUUGCUUUUAAUAAA